AUGAGCGAUUUAGAGACUGUAUCUAAAUACCUGGCAGAAUCUGUGGUUGCCUCUACAUCCAAAAUAGCUGAAAAAAAUUUAAAACAGCUUGAAAAUGAGGAUGGAUUUGGUUUAACGUUACUACAUAUUGUUGCAUCAUCAAACCUACCAAUUGCUACAAGAUUAGCAGGUGCUGUCUUCUUCAAGAAUUUUAUCAAGAGAAAGUGGAUUGACGAAAAUGGUGUGCAUUUAUUAUCGCCCAGCAAUGUUGAAUUGAUUAAAAAUGAAAUUGUUCCCUUAAUGAUAGCUCUGCCUGGGAAUUUACAAGUUCAAAUUGGUGAAUCUAUUUCUGUUAUUGCUGAUUCUGAUUUCCCUGAAAGAUGGCCCACUUUACUAGAUGACCUCGUUAGUAAACUCUCUACAGAUGACAUGGUAACCAAUAAAGGUGUUCUAACUGUGGCCCAUUCUAUUUUUAAACGGUGGAGACCUCUUUUCAGAACUAAUGAAUUAUUUCUAGAAAUUAAGUUAGUUUUAGAUAAAUUCACUGAACCUUUCUUGAACUUAAUGAAGUCAGUCGAUGAGCAAAUAACCCACAAGAAGGAUGAUAAAGCUAGUCUUGAGCUUUUAUUCGAUGUUUUACUACUGCUGGUCAAGUUAUAUUAUGAUUUCAACUGUCAAGAUAUUCCAGAAUUUUUUGAAGAUCAUAUUAGAGAAGGUAUGGGAAUGUGGCAUAGAUAUCUAUCUUAUGAGAACCCGUUAUUAGAGGACAAUUUUGAUACAGAAACCGCAAGUACACUAAUCAAAGUUAAAACUUCCAUUCAGGAGUUGGUUCAAUUAUAUACAACAAGGUAUGAAGAAUUUUUUGAACCUAUGAUUAAUGAAUUUAUUCAAAUCACAUGGAGUCUGUUAGUCAGUACUCCUAAUCAACCAAAGUAUGAUAUCCUUGUAUCCAAGUCACUUUCGUUUUUGACAGCAGUAGCACGUAUUCCAAAAUACUUUGAGGUUUUCAAUACUGAUUCUGCUAUGCAUAGUAUAACAGAGCAAAUAAUACUUCCAAAUUAUACUUUACGUGAAGAGGAUGUCGAAUUAUUUGAAGACGAUCCAAUGGAAUACAUCAGAAGAGAUAUGGAAGGUUCUGACUCAGAUACAAGAAGAAGAGCUACAGCUGAUUUCUUGGGGGAGUUGAAAGAAAAAAAUGAAAAUCUAGUUACUAGCAUAAUUUUGGAACAUGUCAAAAAAUUCCAUGAUCAAUAUAGUACUAAUCCACAAGAAUUUUGGAAAUACAAAGAUUUAUAUAUAAAUUUGUUCACAUCAUUGGCUGUCAAAGGUAAUAUCACAAAUUCUGGUGUUUCAAGUACAAAUCCAUUGGUUAAUGUAAUCGAUUUCUUCACCAUCCAAAUUCUGCCAGACUUAAUGGCUGGAUCAUUACCUCAUCCAAUCUUGAGAGUCGAUGCCAUUAAAUUUGUUUACAACUUCAGAAAUCAACUGAAUAAGCAACAACUAAUUGAAAUUCUUCCAAUUCUAGCAAACUUUUUAUUAAAUGGAGAAUAUUUGGUUUUCACCUACGCUGCUAUAACGAUCGAAAGAAUCUUAGCUAUCAGGGAAACUCCUUCAUCCCCAGUUUUUAUUUUCAAUAAGAAUGACCUUAGCGGAAGUGCUGAUGUUUUGAUCAACAAUUUGUUAACGUUAAUAAAAAAGCAAGGCUCUACUCCUGAGCAGUUGGCUCACAAUGAAUAUCUCAUCAGAGCUGUAUACAAAGUUAUCCAAACUGCGGAGGAAACAAUAUCGCCAAUGUAUCCUGAAUUAAUCAACCAGUUUAUUUCUAUAGUGGAUAUUGUUGCCAAAAAUCCAUCAAACCCAAGAUUUUCUCAUUAUCUAUUUGAAUCCAUUGCUGUUAUACUAAAUUAUAAUCCAAACAGUACUCUUCCCCAAAUCAUUGACCACAUAAUGCCAUCAUUUAUGCAUAUUCUUUCCGAAGAUAUUCAAGAAUUCAUACCUUAUAUUUUCCAGAUUAUUGCUUAUGCUGUAGAGAGUAUGCCUCAAAUAUCUGAAUCUAUUACAGCUUUGAGCCAGCCCAUAUUGGCACCUGCUGUUUGGGAAUUAAAGGGUAAUGUCCCAGCAGUAACAAGAUUGUUGAAGGCCUUUAUAAAGAAGAACUAUAAGAUAUUUCCUGAUUUAAUUCCAGUUUUGGGUAUAUUUCAGCGGUUAAUUGCUUCUAAGGCAUAUGAAAUUUAUGGGUUUGAUUUAUUAGAGUGCAUUUUCCUGUCAAUAGACUUGGAAGUUUUGAAACCAUUUAUGAAGCAAAUUGCUAUACUAUUAUUACAAAGACUUCAAAGCUCCAAAACCGAAAGAUAUGUGAAGAAGCUAACCGUUUUUAUUGGUCUAAUUCUCUACAAGUUUGGUCCAGAUUUCCUUAUUUUAUUUAUCGACGAAGUCCAAGAUGGUUUAUUCGGACAAAUUUGGGGAAAUUUCAUUAUUACUACUCUCCCCAACAUUGGUAACUUAUUGGAUAGAAAAAUUUCAUUGCUUGGGAUGAAUAGUAUAAUUGGAACGCAAAGUAACUUUCAGUCCAAAUAUAGCUCACUGAUAACACCAACUUUGGCAUCCGUAGUGAAGACAAUAACCUCUGAUAGUGCAGCUAAUGCUGGUAACAAUUUUGUGGAUCUGGAUAAUAUUGAAGAGGUUUCAACAUUUGGCUCACACUUUAGUAAACUGGGUAGUAUUUCAGAGAAAACAUUCGAUCCUGCUCCAGAGAUAGACAAUAAUGAUGGUGUCAAGGUAUUUGUUCUUCAAACACUGAAGAAGUUUAACGACUCCUCGAAUAACUUGGUUAUCAAUAGUAUCUCCACUGAGUUAUCUGAGGAAACACAAAAUAAAUUCAAUCAAUUAUGGAGUCAAAGCCAAUAG